AUGCCCAGUUCUGUUUUUCUCCUCGGUCCCGGCUUUAUUGGCGGCGAGAUCAUUGAUCUGCUUCUCACAACAGACUACAAUGUCACCACCCUCGUCCGCCGAGAAUCAGCCGUUGCCGACUUCGCCAAGUUAGGCGUCAAAGCAGUCAUUGGUACCCUGGAUGAUGCCUCAGUCAUCAAAACCCAGGUGGCUAUGAGCGAUAUCAUAUUCCACACCGCGACUGCAGAUCACCUUCCAUCUGUGCAAGCAAUCCUUGAUGGCGUCAGACAACGGGGCCAGAUGGGACUACAUACCAUCUACAUCCAUAACAGUGGGGCCAGUCUGGUGGCAGACACAUCCGCAGGAGAAUACAAGAGCGAUACCGUGUUUGACGACGAGAAACCCUUCCAAAUCGAUUCCCUACCUGAUUCCGCUCCCCAUCGCCUGAUCGAUCUCGCCAUUGUCCACGCACGCCAGGAACUCGCUGCACAUGCGAAAAUGGCUAUCAUGAUCCCACCUGUCAUAUACGGUGUAAACACUCGGGAAAAUCGUCUCUCCAUCCAGCUGCCCACUCUCGCCCGGUACUCUAUCAAGCAUGGAUAUGCGGGACAGAUCGGCAAUGGUCUUUCGGUUUGGAACCAGAUCCACGUGAAAGACUUGGCACGUGGAUAUAUGGUCUUAUUACACUGGAUGGAGUCUACGCCCAUCGACGAAGUUGCAAAAAACCCAUACUUUUUCUGUGAAAAUGGCCAGGAACUUUCUUGGGGUCAAUGCGCGGCUGAGAUUGGUCGGAUCUUGAAGAACGCGGGAAAGAUUGGCCAGUCUACACCAAAGACUAUUCCUGAAGAGAACUAUGGAGAUUUGUUUGGCAGUUUCUCGGGGGUUGUGGUAGGCUCAAACGCGAGGAAUAAGGCUAAUAGGCUUCGGAAACUUGGAUGGGCGCCCCUGGAGAAGGAGACAUUUGCAUCCUUGGCCGAAGAUGAGAUUCCGAUUAUUCUCCAGGAGAAAGGGGAGUUCAAUGGCUAUGCCAGUGUUGUUGCAUCGUAA